CCCACACACGUCCUUCACGCAUACCGUCACCACGCUUAAUUGGCUCUCUCAUGAACCGCGAGAAAAGUCGACCCUCAAAUCAGCACGCUUUCAGGCAUUCUCUCCUCGCUCACCCCCCAUUCUCUUUGACACACGAUUCCGCGCGUCACUUGAACAUUACCGAGCAAGUAGGGCAGAUUCAUACGCGCAUCUUACUCUACACGCUUCUCUUGAUCUGCGCGUAGCAGGUUGGACAAAGCGAGAAUCUGCGCGUACAAAUAGGCGCACGUGCACCUUGCUUUCCUCCUCAUUCGCUCACACACACACAAGACGGAAUCCAUCAUCCAUCAUGUCUGGCAAGUGUCCCCUGGGUUACUCGGGCGAUCUACCCGCAGGACAUCCAUCCGUUCCAGGCGCAUCCUCAUCCUCACCCUCCUCCUUCGGCAAUAUGAGCAACAGCAUGAGCAGCAACUUGCUCUUCGCCAUUCUACCUCCUCAUCUCGUCGUGUCCAUCAUGGAAGACUGGCAAGCUUGGGCGAUGCUCCUCCUCGACUUUGUCUUUCUCGCACUGUGCGGUCUGGCCUUCGUUUACAAUGAUCGCUUGAUCUUUACUCAUCCCAGAAAGGAGGUGCCUACCAUCAAGCCCGCUUUCCCCCUCAUCGGGAAUACGCCGUGGAUCUCCAAGAUCGCCAGCGGCAAGGCAAAAAUGAUCGACGAGCUAGUCAAAGAACAACGCAAACAGCUGGAUCAAGGCGGAUACGUUUGCACCGCCACCUUUCCCGCUUUGGGCCAUCGCGUCGUCUUGAUCAAUCACCCUCUGUACAUCCUGUGGGCACAAAAGACCAACUUCGAGACCUAUGACAAGGGGGCUCCGUUUCGGAGAGCGAUGUCGGACGUGCUGGGGCAUGCAGGCAUCUUCGUCGCCGACGGAGAGAUCUGGAAGAAGCAACGGAAAAUGGCUUCCCGCAUCUUCUCGGUUGACAACUUCCGGACACACGUGCAACACGCAGUGCACGAAGAUUUGGAGAGGCUUUCACAGUUGCUCAACGUUCUCAGCAAGACGAAUCAGGAUGUGGAUUUGCAAGCCAUCUUUUUCAGGUUCACCCUCUCCUCCUUUGCCUCUAUGGCUUUUUCUGCCCAACUGGAUUGCUUGCCGACUAGUCCGGAAGGCUUGGCGAACGAAGUCCCAUUCGCCAAGGCCUUUGACGGUGCGCAGGGAAUGAUUGACAAUCGAUUCUUUGAUCCGCUGCAAGGCGUCCUUGAGUAUCUUCCUUGGAACAGGCGCGGGAGGCAGAUGAGAAAGGCCAUCAAGGUCCUGGACUCGUUCUGCUACGGCGUCAUUGACAAGCGAGUCGAAGCCCACAAACAAGGCGACGUCAAAGCUGCAGAAGGAAAGAGCGGCAAGGAUCUUUUGGAGCUCUUCAUGGACAUGGGGCUCAAUCGAGAAGAGCUCCUGCCGGUCGUUCUCAAUUUCUUGAUCGCCGGGCGAGACACUACCGCUCAAACAUUGGCUUGGCAAUUCUACCAGCUUCACGACAAGCCUCAGGUGGUGGCCAAGAUUCGAGAAGAGGUGGAGAGCGUGCUAGAUGGGGGCAGGAAGAUGGCAUAUGACGACAUCAAAGCUAUGCCAUACACGCACGCCGUCUUCUACGAAACGUCAAGGCUGCACCCUGCAGUGCCCAAGAAUGCCAAGACGCUCAACAAGGACGAUCUCAUCAGGCCGUACGCCCAACCCGGCGCUCAAGAGCUGCUGGCCGAUAUGCCAGAACUGAAGCACAAAUUGCCGGACAUUCCCAUGAAAAAGGGAGAGACGGUCAUUUGGAGCGAUUACGUCAUGGCUCGCAUGCCAGAAGUAUGGGGAGCAGAUGCUGCGGAAUUCAAACCGGAACGCUUUUUGGACAUCAAAGAGGAUGGCAGUCGAUCGGUGAAGCAACCUUCGCCUUUCCUCUUCCACUCUUUCAAUGCGGGGCCACGACUGUGCCUGGGACAGACGCUGGCCACCUUUGAAGGCAUGGCCGUCACUGCGGCCAUUUUGAGAGACUUUGACGUCAUCUAUGAUGCUCAGGCGCUCAAAAAUCAGCCCCCCCUCUACGCAGAGAGCUUGACCCACCCAAUCCAGCCGGAUCCCUUCACCCAGUCCGCUUACCGAGUCACCUUCAAGCGUCGCUCUUUGCAGUAGCCUUGCCAUUUGACGUUUGCAGCUGAACCUAUUGCGCACCCUUCUCGAAACGGAGCGCAUGAUUUAUUUGCAUCGGUUCGGUUUGUAAUUGUACCGUAAUUGUACGCAAAUGCUCGCGCUGUCUCUCUCUCUCUUCAGUCGCUAUUUCAUCCGCAUUUCU